ACAUUCCUAUUGAAAUGUCCACAUGUGCUAUUUAAACCGCGGUGAUUAUUAAUAUAACCUAUCUCUCGCUAGAGCAGACAUGACCUACAUGUAGGCUACUGCAGCUUUUACGCUACCCGCGGUGCAAGCCCAUAUUCCUUCAGAAGAGAAGAGCGACGCUCUGCUACUCUCGACGCCAUAACGUGAUGCUGAAACGAGAGGAGGCACGUUGACAUGUUCUACGGUUCUACAAUGGAGUCCACCGCUGCCUGUUAGUCGUAAUCAGAGGUGACGAUAGCACAGUUCGUGACAUGCUGAGGGGAAUAGUGACCGCGGACGCGCUCUGAACGCUUGGAAUUGAGACAGCGGUUCCUACUGUAGGUGCUUUUGGACCAAUCAGACGGCAUGGCCCUCUCCUUCUGUGGAAACGACGGGAACGACUCGUACAAUGUGGACAAGGGAGUCCUCAACAAUGGCUGCUUUGUGGAUGCGCUCAACCUGGUCCCACAUGUCUUCCUACUCUUCAUCACCUUCCCCAUCCUCUUCAUUGGUUGGGGCAGUCAAAGCUCAAAAGUGCAGAUCCACCACAACACCUGGCUCCACUUCCCUGGACACAACAUGCGCUGGAUUCUCACCUUCACGUUGCUCUUUGUCCAUGUGUGUGAGAUUGCCGAGGGCAUCGUCUCCAACCAGACGAUGAAAUCCCCCCAUCUCCAUCUGUUCAUGCCGGCCUUCAUCGGCUUCAUCGCGGCCACCACCUCAGUGGUGUACUACCACAACAUCGAGACGGCCAACUUCCCCAAGCUGCUGUUGGCCCUGUUCAUCUACUGGGUGUUGGCCUUUAUCACAAAGACCAUUAAGCUGUGGAAGUUUGUGGAGUCGGAGAAAGGCCCUCAGCACCUCCGCUUCUGCAUCACGGCUAUGCUGGUCAUCCUCUACGGGCUGCUCAUGGCUGUUGAGGUCAACGUCAUCAGAGUCAGGAAGUACGUUUUCUUCGCCAGCCCCCAGAAGGUGAAGCCGCCGGAGGACCUCCAGGACCUGGGCGUUCGCUUCCUGCAGCCCUUCGUCAACCUGCUGUCUAAGGCCACCUACUGGUGGAUGAACCCGCUCAUCAUGGGGGCCCACAAGCGGCCCAUCGAGCUCAAGAAGAUUGGCAAGCUGCCCAUCGCCAUGCGUGCCCUCACCAACUACCUCAGGCUCAAAGACGCCUACGAGGAACAGAGGCAUGUGGAGGACCGUGAGAAGGCUCCGUCCAUCUGGAAGUCCAUGUACCGGGCGUUCGGGCGCCCCAUCCUGCUGAGCAGCACGUUCCGUUACCUGGCCGACCUGCUGGGCUUCGCCGGACCGCUCUGCAUCUCGGGCAUCGUCAGCAACCUCGAGAAACGCAACGAGACUGCCGUGGCUGCUGCAGCAACAAACGUUGACAACACAACCUCUUCUGGGGUCUACUUCAUGGAGUCCACGGAGCUUCUGGAGAACACUCCUGUGUUGGCAGUUCUGCUGUUCCUCGCCCUGGUUCUGCAACGGACGUUCUUGCAGGCAUCCUACUACGUUACCAUAGAAACUGGUAUCAAUCUCAGGGGAGCUUUGCUGGCCAUGAUCUACAACAAGAUCCUGCGCCUCUCCACCUCCAACAUGUCCAUGGGCGAGAUGACCCUCGGCCAGAUCAACAACCUGGUUGCUAUAGAAACCAACCAGCUGAUGUGGUUCCUCUUCCUGUGCCCUAACCUCUGGGCCAUGCCUGUCCAGAUCAUCAUGGGGGUGAUCCUGCUCUACUACCUGCUGAGGGAGAGCGCUCUCAUUGGGGCGGCUGUCAUUGUCCUCCUGGCACCCAUCCAGUACCUCAUCGCCACCAAGCUGGCUGACACCCAGAAGAGCACACUGGAUUACUCCACGGAGCGUCUGAAGAAGACCACUGAGAUCCUGAAGGGCAUCAAGCUGCUGAAGCUUUACGCCUGGGAGAACAUCUUCUGUGACAGCGUGGAGGACUCGCGGGGCAAAGAGCUCACCAGCCUGCGCACCUUUGCCUUCUACACCUCCAUGUCCAUCUUUAUGAAUGCUGCCAUUCCCAUAGCUGCCGUGUUAGCGACGUUCGUGACCCAUGCCUACCUGAACGAGGAGAGACUGAGCCCCUCUAAAGCCUUCGCCUCACUGGCUCUCUUCCACAUCCUGGUCACGCCCCUCUUCCUGCUCUCCACUGUCGUUCGCUUCGCUGUCAAGGCUCUGGUCAGUGUGCAGAAGCUGGGUGAGUUCCUCCAGAGCGAUGAGAUUGGCGAUGACAGCUGGAGAAACGGAGAUAUGUCUGUCUCUCUGGAGUCAUGCAAGAAGCCCACAGGAGUGACGAACAGGAAGCGGCCACGCUACCAGCUGGACAGCUACGGCUAUGAGCAGCCUUCACGCAGACAACCACGGCCAGCUGAGACUGAGGACGUCGCAAUCAAAGUGAGCAGUGGCUUUUUCACCUGGGGAAACAACCUGUCCACCCUUUCCGACAUCAACAUCAGUAUCCCAACAGGUCAGCUGACCAUGAUUGUGGGCCAGGUGGGUUGUGGGAAGUCGUCACUUCUCUUGGCCAUGUUGGGGGAAAUGCAGACCAAUCGGGGUGGAGUCUACUGGAGCAAACUCCCUGAGUGUGAGAUGUUCCUCGAGGGGAUUACAAGCGGGUUUGAGACGGACUCGUCCCUAGAGGACGACAGGAGCAAAAACAGGUACUCUGUGGCCUAUGCUGCGCAGAAGUCUUGGCUGCUCAACGCAACAGUUGAGGAAAACAUCACUUUCGGGAGUCCCUUCAACAAGCAGAGAUAUAAGGCUGUGAUAGACGCCUGUUCACUGCAGCCAGACAUUGACCUACUGCCCUUUGGAGACCAGACAGAAAUCGGAGAGAGGGGCAUUAACCUAAGUGGAGGACAGAGACAGAGGAUAUGUGUGGCGAGAGCUCUCUAUCAAAACACCAACAUCGUUUUCCUGGACGACCCCUUCUCAGCAUUGGACAUCCACCUGAGUGACCACCUGAUGCAGGAGGGCAUCUUGAAGUUCCUGCAGGACGACAAGCGCACUGUGGUCCUGGUCACACACAAGCUCCAGUAUCUCAUACACGCCGACUGGAUCAUCGCCAUGAAGGAUGGCUCUGUCCUGAGAGAGGGCACGCUAAAGGACAUCCAGAACAAUGAUGUUCAGCUGUACGAGCACUGGAAGACCCUCAUGAACCGCCAGGACCAGGAGCUGGAGAAGGACACGGAGCUGGAGAGCCAGACCACACUGGAGAGAAAGACGCUGAGAAGAGCCUUCUACUCUCGUGAAGCCAAAAACCAGGUUGAUGACGAGGACGAAGAGGAGGAAGAGGAGGAGGACGAAGAUGACAACAUGUCCACCACCACCAGCCGCCGGUCCAAGAUCCCCUGGAAGGUGUGCUGGCGGUACCUGUCCUCCGGUGGCUUCUUCAUGGUCUUCAUGAUGGUGUUCUCCAAGCUGCUCAAGCACUCGGUCAUGGUGGCUAUCGACUACUGGCUGGCCUACUGGACCUCCGCCAACAGGUCCAACGGCUCGUCCUUCAACAGUACCUCCAACUUCAGCACCGACUCCAACUUCACCACCUACUCCAACUUCACCGAGGAUGGAGACAGCUACAAUGAGCACCAGUCCUACUACGUGUGGGUGUUCAGUAUCCUCUGCGGGUCGGGGAUCGUCCUCUGCCUCAUCACCUCUCUGACCGUGGAGUUCCUCGGCCUCUCGGCCGCCACCAACCUGCACCACAAUCUACUCAACAAGAUCAUCCACGCGCCACUGAGGUUCUUUGACGUCACACCCCUGGGUCAGAUCUUGAACCGAUUUUCAGCUGACACCAACAUCAUUGAUCAGCAUAUCCCCCCUACGCUGGAGUCUCUGACUCGUUCCACGCUGCUCUGCCUCUCGGCGAUCGGAGUCAUCGCGUUCGUGACCCCGGCCUUCCUCAUCGCCAUGCUACCCAUCACCGUGGGCUUCUACUUCAUCCAGAAGUACUUCCGGGUCGCCUCCAAAGACCUGCAGGACUUGGACGACUCGACCCAGUUGCCUCUGCUCUGCCACUUCUCUGAGACGGCUGAAGGCCUGACGACCAUCCGUGCCUUCAGACAUGAAGCGCGCUUUAAGCAGAGGAUGCUGGAGCUGACGGACACCAACAACACGGCGUAUCUCUUCCUCUCUGCUGCCAACCGCUGGCUGGAGGUCAGAACGGACUACCUUGGUGCUUGGAUCGUCCUGGCCGCCGCGGUGGCUGCCAUACUUACAACUGGGACGAAGUCUGGCCUAGUAGGCUUGGGACUGACCUAUGCCCUGACUGUUACCAACUACCUGAACUGGGUGGUGAGGAAUCUGGCAGACUUGGAAGUGCAAAUGGCCGCAGUCAAGAAAGUCAACAGCUUCUUGAGCAUCGAGUCUGAGAACUACGAAGGAUCCAUGGAUGUUUCUCAGGUGCCGGAUGACUGGCCUCAGCAGGGAGAGAUUAAGAUCCAGGACCUGUGUGUGCGCUACGACCCCUCGCUCAAACCCGUCCUCAAGCACGUCAGUGCCUACAUCAACCCUGGACAGAAGGUGGGCAUCUGUGGGCGCACGGGCAGUGGGAAGUCCUCCCUCUCGCUGGCUUUCUUCAACCUGGUGGAUGUUUACCAUGGGAAGAUUGUCAUCGACGGCAUUGACAUCUGCAAGCUGCCACUGCAGACGCUGAGAUCCAGACUCUCCAUCAUCCUCCAAGACCCGGUACUCUUCAGCGGCUCCAUCCGGUUUAACCUAGAUCCAGAGCGCACCUGCACUGAUGACAGACUGUGGGAGGCACUGGAGAUCGCCCAGCUGAAGAACAUGGUCAAAGCACUGCCGGGAGGACUAGAUGGUGUCGUGACCGAGGGAGGGGAGAACUUUAGUGUCGGCCAACGGCAACUCUUCUGCCUGGCUAGAGCCUUCGUCCGCAAGAGCAGCAUCCUCAUCAUGGACGAGGCAACCGCCUCCAUCGACAUGGCAACGGAAAACAUUCUUCAGAAGGUGGUUAUGACGGCAUUUGCUGACAGGACUGUGGUCACCAUUGCACACCUGGUUGCCUCCAUUCUGGAGGCGGAGCAGGUGCUGGUGUUCACCACGGGGAUUUUGGUGGAGUGUGACAGUGCGGCCAACCUGCUAGCCCAGCAGGACAGCAUCUUCAGUGAGCUUCAUCGUGUCCACACCAUCCUGACAGCUGAUCUGGUGAUUGUAAUGAAACGUGGGAACAUCUUGGAGUACGACAAACCAGAGACAUUACUCGAACAGGAAGGCGGCCUCUUUGCUUCCUUUGUCAAAGCGGACAUGUAGACCCUUCUGAGUCGUCCAAAUCAUUGUCUGUCUCUCCCCUUUUCCUGAACUUUACUAAGGACAUGGACAAGGGGACUUUUAUUACAAACAUUUUACACCAUAUCAAAAUCACAGGAUAUCCAAAAUGUACUGUAUUUUUUGACACUUGUUUUUCUAUGCAUGGUACUGCCGUAUUUGUUCACGUUGUAAAAACAAACAAACAAACAAAAAAAACGUCACGCACGUCACACCACUGUUUGCCUUACCAAGACAGUUAGCCUAUUAACACUCAAUGCUAUUUAUUUUGAGCUGAACAAGAGCCAUGCAAGGCUUGGGCUAAUUUGUGACUCGUCAAAUGGCUGCUUUAAAGGAUUAUAGCCUUUUUUAUAUAAACACUCGUAGUCCUUAACAUGUUAACUAUAUUAUCCGUAUUAUCAUUGUCUCAUGAAAUAUAUUGGUGUAUAUGCAUUAUAUGUUAUUUUUCGUACUCCUAUCCAAGAAGAUGUUUUAGGAAUUGACUGGUACAAACACUGUACAGGAUUGUCGGUCCGAUCGUUGACCGGCAAACUGUCUGUCUGUCUGUAAUGUGCAAUGCUGAAUUUUUAUGUUAGCCCUGGGUAAGGUGGACACUCCAAAGAGCUCACUCUCUUAAAGCAUUGACUUCACCCAAUGGGUGAUUUGUGAUUUCUUUUGUAUAAAAACAAAAAAAAACACACAACAGGCACAUACUGUAGUUUACGUUGCUCUAAUCCACUGGCUAUUGGUUCUGUAGUCUGUGUUUGAGAGAUUCGAAACAGUAUUAUUCUUAGCAGUAAAUAAAGUAUUUAGAGCACUUGCUUUCCUGGA